AUGGUAAAAUCAUCAUAUAUUGCUGUUCUUACAGCCAUAUCAGCACUAUGUGGUCAUGCUCAAGCAAAUAACGGCACACAAUCUUUUAACUUUAACGGCACCAAAUCUGUCAUCGCCUUUGGUGAUUCUUAUACCUUUAUACAAGGCACAGCGGGAAACCCCAAUCACACUUUUAUUGGAGACUAUAAGAAUUUUAAAUAUACGGCGUCUCAGCUUCUCAGCACCAAGAUUGUGCAGAACUUUACUAGUACUGCUGAGGGGGGGCCAAACUGGAUUGAACGCCUUACCGGCUGCGCAACGACGAGUGGAUACUACUCGCCUACCGCUUGUCGAAUCCAACUUUGGGACUUUGCUUUCGCCGGUGCUAGCGUGAGCCGCGAGUUCCUCCCGCCACACAGCAAAACGACUGUUCCCUUGGUGAACCAGACCCAGCAGUUCCUGACGUAUGGAGAGCCGGCGCUGCGCAACAGCGGAAACCUGGACAAGAGCAAGGCGCUUGUGGCCCUGUGGAUUGGUGUCAACGAUGUGUUCGACAGCAAGACUUACAAGCCGGCCGAAGUUUCUUAUCAGGACUUCUGGACUGCCGAGAUACGAGGCGUGUUCGAACAGAGCGUCACACCCCUGUACGAAUCUGGGUUCAAGAACUUCUUGUUUAUGAACCUGCCACCUCUGGACCGAACAGCGGCUAACCAAAAGACGGCCUACUACAAGACAGGCGAGGUCUACCCGAGCAAGACGCAGGUUGAUCUCUGGGGUUCGAUACUCUCGAACCAGACACAAGCGUUCGGUGCUGCAUAUCCUGAUGCCAAGGCUAUGCUAUACGACGCCAACAAGUUCCUCAACGGGGUCAUGGACAACCCCAAGAAAUACGGCAUCUCGCACACGGCUACAUACUGUGCAGCUUGGAAUCAGAUCGGUGUCUUGACAAACGCUACUGCUUACGGAUGCGACAAGUUGCAAACAUAUUUCUGGUACAACGCCCUCCACUUGUCGGCACGAACCCAUCAAGUCAUGGCAGCAGAUCUACAGACGUUUUUGUUAAGCCAAGCAACGUAUUGA